UUGUUUUUGUUUUGUUUUUUUUUUUUUUUUUUUUGCUUUCUUCUUAGUUUUCAGAAUGACAAUAGAGGAAGAAGCAGCUGCGCUCGUUGCCUCGGCCUUCCCCAGCCUCGACAGCGCGAUCGUCGAGUACAUUACCAGCGUCGUCGUUGGGAUGGACGCGGUCGAAGCGCGCGACACGAACGAGGUCGCUGCGGCCAUCAGCCCGCUGCUCGAGGACGCUGCUGCUGCAAGCCUACAGGUCGUCAGUGCCCUGUGCGCCAAGCUGUCCAAGCUCGUCGGAGGCGUCCCUGCUGCGGGCGCUUCGGGCUCGGCACUCAAGGUUUUGCCGCAAUCGUCCUCUGCGAGACAGCCCAUGUCCGCUGCUGCUACCGGAGCCAACUCGAGCCCGUCAGCUGACGACGACGAUGACGAAGAGGACGAUGGCUACGAGCAGGAGGAGGCUGACAUUUUUGCAGAGUUCAACGUGCUCAAGACGCCAAUCCGCAUGGGCGAUCUGCUCGCGCAAGAGAGCGAACGUCUGGCCGCGAUUCAACGUGUGCUGUCGGAGCGCCAUGAGGUCAAAAAGACAGCCGUCAACCAAAAGCUGCUUGAACGAAGCGAAGGGCGGAUUAAGCGCAAGCAGGACAAACGCGCGCAAAAGGAGAUGCGACAGCUUGCUGCCAUCUCGGCUGCUGCUGCCGCUCAAAACCCAGAGACCGCAUCGACCAACUAUGCACAAAACAAGGCCGCCGCAGCAUCCUUGUCGCUCGAUGUUCAGAUUGAAAACUUUGACGUCUUCUUUGCUGGCAAGCCGCUGCUGCAACAAGCAGAUCUCAUGCUCGCGUAUGGUCGUCGCUAUGGCCUGAUUGGUCGAAACGGUGUGGGCAAGUCGACGCUGCUUCGCGCGCUUGCUCGUCGCGAGUUUGGCAUGUCUGCGUCGUUGACCAUUGUCCAUGUCGAGCAAGAGGUUGUUGGUGAUGAUACCCCAUCUCUGGAAUCGGUUUUGGAGGCACACACCGAGCGUCACGAGCUCUUGCAAAAAGAAAAGGCCCUGGUUGCCUACAUGGACGCACAGAAGCAGCUCGGCCGCGAAGUGGAAACCAAAAAGGCGAUGGAACUUGCUCAAGUGUACUCGAAACUCGAGGAGAUUGAGGCCGACAAGGCGCCGGCUCUCGUCGCUGAAAUUCUGAACGGUCUCAGCUUUACCCAGGAAAUGCAAUCCGCUCCUACCAAGAGCCUUUCUGGUGGUUGGCGAAUGCGUCUUGCUUUGGCUCGCGCUCUUUUCAUGCGCCCCGAGCUCUUGUUGCUUGAUGAGCCGACAAAUAUGCUCGACGUGAGCGCCGUCCUCUGGCUGGAGAAUUACCUGCAAGACUGGCCGCACACCAUUUUCACGAUUUCGCACGAUCGCGAUUUCCUCAACUCUGUCUGCACCGACAUCAUUCACAUGCAUCACGCGCGGUUGGAGGCGUACAAGGGCGAUUACGACACUUUCGAGAAGGCUCGUGACGAGCGCAUUCUCAACCAAGCCAAGGAAUACGAGGCUCAACUCAUGUACCGUCAACACUUGCAAGCUUUCAUUGAUCGUUGGCGUGUCAAUGCCAAUCGCGCUGCACAGGCGCAGAGCAAGAUCAAGAUUCUUGAGAAACUCCCUGAGCUCAAACCCAUCGAGAAGGAGCCCGAGGUCCAAUUCCGCUUUCCGGAUCCUGAACCGAUUGCCGGAUCGCUUGUCCAUUUUGAUGAUGUCGUCUUCCAGUACUCGAACGACAAGCCCAUCUUUACCAAACUGAACUUUGGCUUGCGAAACGAUUCUCGAGUGGCUGUGGUUGGUGCCAAUGGUAACGGCAAGACCACGCUCCUGAAGCUGAUCACUGGAGACUUGCUUCCCACGAAAGGAGAAAGCCAUCGGCAUCGUGCUCUUCGCAUCGGUUACUUUUCGCAGUAUCACGUCGACCAGCUGGAUGUUUCUAUGAGCGCGGUUGAAUUCUUGCACACCCGCUUCCCUGGUCAACCACUCCAAGAGUAUCGCCGACAGCUUGGCACGUACGGCAUGACUGGCGACACUCCGUUGCAACCAAUUCGUACACUCAGUGGUGGUCAGAAGAGCCGCGUGGCCUUCACCCUGCUCGGCAUGCAGAAGCCCCACUUCCUGAUUCUCGAUGAGCCGACAAAUCACUUGGACAUCGAAACGGUCGAGGCUUUGGCCAACGCAAUCAAUGCGUUUUCGGGCGGCGUCGUCCUCGUCUCCCACGACGAGCGACUGAUUCGCAGCACGUGCACUGAGAUCUGGGUUUGUGAGCGCAAGUCUCUGACCCGCUUUGAGGGCAGCUUUGGCGACUACAAGGCCGCGAUGGCACUCGCUUUGCGCAAGAAGACAGGUUGACCGCUUGGAUUUGCAAACCUCUCGGCCAUUGCGUGCUUUUGUGGAUUGUUUGAAGUGUUUUUGUUUGUUUGUGUUUCAUCUAUUGAAGCCCUUUUCUUGUCGUUCU